AUGAUGCAGCCAGGAACAACAAACGGGGUUCCACCACCUCCAACCAUGGUGGCUUCUCAGCCAAACCAGUACCAAUACCAAUAUCAGCCACAACAGCAACAACAAUGGAUGAUGAAUCAACAACAGCCACAGCAAUUUCAGUCUCAGCCACAACAAGCGGCGGCGGCAGCGGCAUAUUAUUACCAGCAACAACCGCCGCCGGCCGCGCCUUUGCAGCAACAACCGCAGUACACGGCGGCUCAGCCGACGAGUGCGGAUGAGAUCCGGAGUCUGUGGAUCGGGGAUCUACAGGUCUGGAUGGAUGAGACGUAUCUCUAUAACUGUUUCGCUACUACUGGAGAGGUGGUCACUGCAAAAGUUAUCCGUAACAAGCAAACUGGUCAAGCAGAGGGUUAUGGCUUUAUUGAGUUUGUAAGUCAUGCUGCUGCAGAAAAGAAUUUACAGAUGUAUAAUGGUACUACUAUGCCAAGUACCGAGCAGAAUUUCAGACUAAACUGGGCAUCUUUUGGUGCGGGUGAAAAGCGUCCAGAUGAUUCCCCUGACUUCACAAUAUUUGUUGGAGACUUGGCAGCUGAUGUUACUGAUUACUUGCUUCUAGAGACAUUUAGGCCUCAUUAUCCUUCACUUAAGGGGGCAAAGGUUGUAACAGAUAGAGACACUGGACGCACGAAGGGUUACGGGUUUGUCAGGUUUGGAGAUGAAAGCGAACAGUUGCGUGCCAUGACUGAAAUGAAUGGAAGGUUUUGUUCGACCAGGCCCAUGCGAAUCGGGCCAGCUGCAAACAAGAAGAGUGUGGGUAGUCAGCAAUACCCCAAAGCUUCAUAUCAGAGUAGUCAGGGAAGUCAGAAUGAGGAUGAUCCAACUAACACUACUAUAUUUGUUGGUGGUUUGGAUUCUAAUGUCACAGAUGAACAUCUAAGGCAGGUUUUCGCUCAAUAUGGGCAGAUUCUUCAUGUGAAAAUACCAAUAGGCAAGCGAUGUGGGUUUGUUCAAUUUGCAGACAGGAGCUGCGCAGAGGAAGCAUUGCGAAUGUUAAAUGGAACCCAGUUGGGUGGACAAAACAUUCGACUUUCAUGGGGCCGUAGUCCAUCAAACAAGCAGGUUAUUAUUACUUCAUUCAACCUGCUUCUUUCCUGUAACAUUUGCAUUUUCAUUGCCCACGAAGCUGACAAGCACACGGAUCCAUCUGUUGGUGUUAUUCAGCCUCAGGUUGAUCCAAACCAGUGGAAUGGUGGAUAUUAUGGAUAUGCACCUGGAUUUGAAACCUAUGGAUAUGCUCCAACUGCCCAAGAUCCUAAUCUGUACUAUGGUGGGUAUCCUGGAUAUGGAAACUAUCCACCAACCCAGCAGCAGCAGCCACAGGUAGGUUGUAAAUAUGUGCUUUUGCUGUAA